AAGAAAACAUAUGCUCAAGCAGCUGAAUCUGCUGUCUCUAAACCUGCUGUCUCUAAAUCUGCUAUCUCAAAAUCUGCUCAAAAUUCUGAGAAAACUGAGAAGAAUACUGCUCAUACUUCUAAUAUGAACACUUUGCAAUCUCCUAUUUCAGAGACUCAAAAUGUGCAUUCUGUACUGAAGAUCACAAAACUAGUGAGCAUAAAUGUGAAACAUGCUCAAAAAGAGAUGAAAUAUGUCAACAUACUCUGCUUAAAUGCUCUAAUUGCAAAGAAAAACAUGCAUCUAGCUCAAAAGAAU